AUGUUGGCCCAAAAGGAUAACAUAAGAAAAGAGUAUGUUGUAGUAUAUACAAGUUGGGCAUUAAUAGCAUCUGAAACAAAUUAUAAUCCUUUUGUUGUUGUCACUGACCAUGCAGUAUUAAAAUGGCUGCAAACUGCGGCAUUAACUGGUCAUAUGGCCUAUUAG